UAAGAUCUUUGAUGCUAACCAAUCAAAUGUGGAGGGAAGAGUUUAGGGGAUUCCCCUAGUAUAUUUGCGUUGAUCUCUAAAAUUCUCUGCUGUCUCGUCAUCAAGUUGUGGGCGCGAGCAGUUAGAAUUUUGAGUUUCGUCCUUGUUUGUUUGUUUGUUAUUGACUGGAAAUUCCAGAUAGCCGGUGACAAAGAUAAGCUAUUUUUAAACUUUCCUAGACCAACCCCCCAUACGACCAUUGAUUGGUAGUUGGGAAGUCCAAGUUGUAUUUAAAAGGCCAAACAAUGUCAACUGAGAAUGGAAACAUGCCUGAUCUUGAUACAUGGCUUAGUCCAAAAGAAGCGAAGCCUGCUGUUGAGAUAGUUGAACAGCCGAAACAGAAAGAUUUGCGUUUUCGUUAUGAGUGUGAGGGACGAUCUGCUGGUAGUAUUCCCGGUGAAAAGUCAAGUUCUGAUAAGAAGACUUUUCCGUCUAUUAGGAUCACUAAUUAUAAGGGGUCAGCCAAAGUGGUUGUAUCGCUUGUAACAAGAGAGAAAGGAAGGUCUGAUCCCAGGCCUCAUCCACAUGGACUUGUUGGCAAAGACUGCAACAAUGGUAUCUGCAUUAAAAACCUUUCGAAGGCUGACAAAAUUAUCAAAUUUGAAAACCUGGGAAUACAGUGCAUCAAGAAGAAAGAUAUUGUCACUGCAUUAGAAGAGCGAAUAAAUCAAGGCAUUGACCCAUACAAUAACUUCAGGUUGACCACCCGUGACCCAAAGAAGCUGGCGGCCGAAUAUGAUCUGACCACGGUCUGUGUUUGCUUUCAGGUUUACAUCGCCAAUGAAAGCGAACCAGACCAACCGAAUAUUCCUCUACCGCCAGUUUAUACGCAGCCUAUUUUUGAUAAAAAGGGCGCAACUUUGAAUAUUGCACGAGUAGAUCGCCGUAGUGGUAGCAUCAGGGGUGGAGAAGAGCUUUUCAUCUUAUGUGACAAAAUCCACAGAGAUGACAUAGAGGUCAAGUUCGUUGAAGGUAAAUGGUCUGAAAAUGCUGACUUCAGCCCAACAGAUAUUCACCGUCAGGUUGCUAUUGUGUGUAAGACACCUGCUUACAAAGAUCUGCACAUUCGUGAUCCUGUGACCGUCCAUUUCAAAUUGGUCCGGCCCUCCGACAACGAAGAGAGCCAGCUAAUGGAAUUCACUUAUCUUCCGGAUGACAAUGAUCCCUUCAAGGUUGGUGUAAAGCGGAAGAGAAACCAGCCAUCGUAUGAUAAUUUCAUACAAGAUAAUUCUAAUCGACCUGCAAAAUCUGAGUUUCGAAACAUUCCGCAAUGUCGUUUUAUAAAACCAGGAUCUGAAAGCCGAAAAAAGCCAAACGAAGUCAAACAAAGGUUGAAGGAAAUUCUUGGUUAUACUGUACCGCACUAUCUUAUGGAAGAGACGUAUGAGCUGUUGGGAUUGUCAGAAGCAGCUCGCAGAUCCAAUGCCUCUGCCUCAGUAGGUAGAGCCCCGGAUGAAGAACCAGCGAAUUCUACACCCGGAACAUUUUUCAAAAGUUCAAGUGGUAACACAGGAACUUUGAUCCAGCAGGGUCAAAUAACUACUACCAUUGACUCUACUGACCUGUUCAGUUUGCUAAAUACAUCUGAAAAAGAGCAGCUAGUGGAAGGUGAUGUUCGAAUAAACUUGGGUGGAGCAUCAGUUGAAGGGGUAGACGAAAGUGAAGUUCAGAUGAAUUUCGAAAAAUUGCUCAACCCAUAUCUCACCAUACCGGUUGGUAAUCCAUCAUCUAUUCCUGAGCCUAGUCCGAUGGAUCAAACAAACACUGUGUUGGAUUUGUUGGCACCUAUGGCGCAAGGGUACGAAGAUGUUAUCCCUCAGGAUGUACCAUGCAGCAUGGCCAUGACGCUUGGGUCAGAAGCGUCCAAUCAGGAAGCAAAAGUGAUUGAUACAGCAGUUGAGGAGAUGCUCAACGGGGGAGAAAUUGUAAUAGAAAACUUCCCAAGUUUGGCAAACUAUUUGAACGAGUUGGAUCCAAAUGUGUUGCAUCAGCAGAUACAGCUGCAGCAACAGAUAGUACGACAACCGAUGGAACAGCAAGAACAACUUGCGGAAAGUAAUACAGUAGGAGAUGAGUACAUCUUUGAAGAGGUACACGACUCGUUGAAUCUUCCUUUACUUAACAGCAUCGACAUCGAGCAGGUGAAUGACUUCAGAAACAAUCCCAGUGGCACUAUGUGAGUUUGAACAGAUACAUAGGGUGUAAUGUAAAAGUAGAGAUGGAAGAGAAGGUGAAACGAAAGUUUAGAAAUUUAAUUUGAAAGUGGAUAUUUGUCCAGUACAAUGCAUAUUCGUUUACUCAUUAUAUUUGUGAUAAGUAAGGGUGCUCUUCAACCCUUAGCUUAAGCAUAGGCUAAUUUGAGUGGUACGAUACACCAAAUGUAAUACAGAGUAAAUUUAAUUGUACAGGUAGCAGAUUAUAUAGUAGUAGUGCUGAAUAAUGUUUUUUUUUUAUAUAAGAAUUUAAUAAUAAUAUUAAUAUUACAGAGAUUAUUAAGAUAGUGAUGUAUAUACCAGUAUGUAUAUAAAGAUUUCGCUCUGGAUAUUUGCAGAGUUGAAAAUAAUGUAUGUUUUUUUUUUCAACUAGGACUUUCCCCACAACACACCACCCCCUUUCCGUCUCUCAUUAUUUGCCAAUUGCAGCCUUCUAAGUUUCUGUAAUUACCAAGUAUAAUUGUGUUUUACCUUUCAUGUUUAUAUCAGCAGUAAAAUUAUUAAUAGAAAUGACCUUUUUGCCCAACCUGACAUCGCACUGACACGGAGUACAUCACCAAAUACUUCACUAAAUAUUAAAAGUGAAUUUGAUUUGGAUAAUAUAAUGUUGUAUUAUACAUAAAUAACUAUACCUAAAGGUAUUGUAUUGCUUAUUACAUUAAUUGAUGAUCUUGUUUAUAUUUGUAAAUUAUGGAUGAGCCUGAAUUCAUCCUUCUAAAUAUGUUGAUAAUAUAAAAACCCUGAGAUUCACAUCUCUUUGAUUGGGUAUGAUUCAACAUCCCUGUACAGUAUAAUUUUCUCGCAUUUUCUUUUUGCAUUUGACAAGCACCACCAAACUUUUAACUUUUGUUUUGAAUUAAUUUUUUAGUUUAUGAUAGUGGAUACAUUUUGGCAUUGUACAUAUUGCAAAAUAAUUUAGCUUUGUACAUAAUGUAAAUAUUAAAAAAAGGAAGAAAAUCUUGUCCUUUGUUUUGGCAGAAAACAGUUUGAAUUAUAUGAAACGUGCAUGCAAACAUAGAUAUUCCACAAAAUAUUUUCAUCUAUAUCAUGACAACCUGAGAAUUAUAAAUAUGUUGAAUUGAUUGCCAACUUCUUGGCUUGUAACUGGUCUUUUUGGUGUUUAAGAAAAUAAAAAUUGGUAAAAAUUGUUAGCUUUCUUUAUAAAAACAUCAUUUGAGAAUUGUGGGUAUCAAAAAAUUGUAUAUUAACAUGUUGGCUCGCAUCCGUACUCAAGUCAAGGUACGAAAUACAUCGCAGGACAUUCUGCACAACUUAGAAUAUAAAGAAUGAAAAAUAUGUACGCAUGUACAUACGUUUGAACGUACUUAAUGUUUGUACGUAUGUUUAUAUGUAUAGAUAUUAUCCCCACACAUUGAGUACUAGUUGGCCAAACUAGUACCCUAGCAUAUUGAAUGAAAAAUACAAAAACUUGUAGUAAUGAAUGCACUAUAUUACGAGUGACUUCGUAGGUGCUAUACAAUGUAUUGGUGUAUGCUACUACUGUUAUUGAUAUUAGCACAUGAGAGUUCUUGCUCUUCGAACAAUAUAACCUUUGCAAGUUUUCGGUAUGAGUAUGUGUACUUUUAAUGGAAACUUUAGGUUAAAUGGAGAAAUACGUGCAGGUCAUUUUUGAGAAGGUAAUGUGUUGCCACCAAGCUGAACGCUCUGAACGUCCAAGAUGUUGAUUGAAGCAAUCACGUUGGCGUCCGUUUCUAUGAUAUUAAACUCUGUCCACGCUAUCAAAUUUUCUUUGACAAAAAGCUGUUGUGUGCCCAUAUAUAGUCAUGAUGUGAUGUCAUCAUGACCAUAUUUAGGCAUAUCACAUGUUUUUGUCAAAUAAAAUUUGAUAGUCUGGACAGGGCUUAUAAGCUGUCUGCUGUCAAAUAGUAUCCAUCCUCCCCCUGGGUUCACAAAGUUCAAAUGUUACUCAGGGGGACUGGGACAUACGCAGUUUCCGAAGGGUACUCUGCAGCUAGGCGUGCUUUCUCACUGAGCUAGAGUCGGUGAUACUAUGCCAUUGCUGUAUAGUAUUACAUUUAACUCAAAGAUUUUUUUUUUGAGAAAUAAAAUUUGUAUAUUUGUGCAAAAGAUAUUUUGUUUCUCGGAGGAUGGUAACAAAAUUUAGAUUUAAUGAAGUCUGAAAUUAUGAUAUACCUUACAUUCCUCCCUGCACUAAUCUCCUGAAAUAUUAUAGUCAUAAAUAUUUGACAUUUUUUUGGUGUAUUGUUAAAAAUAAAUAUUAGUGCUGCUUUGGUAUUGUACCAUAUGGAAGAUAAGGAGGCUGGAGCAUAGGCAGUGAAUACCUUAUGAAUAUUCCCCAACCAAAUUUCUCCUGAUCUUUCUUCCAGCCGGUGGGCACUAAAUAACAUGCUUUUUAUUUGUCAUUAAAUGAUAAGAUAUAAUUUUAUUGCUUCAAAUAAUAUACUGUGUGUUGUGUAUAUUUUUAAAUGUUGAUGUUGCAGUGGACAAUUGUCCUACAGUGUUUGUAAAAUGCCCUUCUAGAUGUUUUAUCUUGUACAAUACCUGUGUAUAAUUCUCACUUUCUAAAUUAAAUUUAUUAAAUAUUUUGAGAUGCUUAAA